UCACGCGCGCGGAAACGUUCUCUCUCCCUCUCUCUCUCGUAGAUUACGGAAUCUCCAUGGCAGUAGCCAAUGUCGGUCGCAUGCGUCGUGAUGUAUAUCCUCGACUCUAUAUCGCGCUCGUGGCGCGUCUAAUUAGUCUCGAUAGCGUCGUUGAUUAAUUCGAGCCUUGUCGCGUUAUUAUGCGGAAAAUCAAAACCGGACUCGAGGUGCACCGAAAAUCACGAGCGGGGUCGUCGGACGAAAGGAGAGGCGUUCGAGGAAAGCUCGGUCGCGUGCAACGGACGAAUUUACUUAGCCAAGUGCGUGCUCACGACUGCGAUGCUCUUCUGAUGUAGAAAAUGCCGCCGUUAGUCAAGAGAGAUGUGAGCGAGAUGCAGGAUGAAGUCGUCGGCACUUCGCCCAACACGUUCAGCACAGAGGGAGAAAAAGACGUAACGGAAGAACCUACUACCGAGAGCGCGGCGAACUCCAUCGAGACUAAACUUGAGAAGAUCGGGAAGGACUUUGCGGAAGAAGUAGGAAUACCACCGUGGGGUCUGGUGGCUAUUUUAAUAGGGGUAGGCAUAAUUGUCCUCGGCAUCUGCUUCUGCUGUAUACGAAGAUGCUGUCGCAAAAGACGCACCAAAGACGGCAAGAAGGGCCUGAAGGGCGCGGUGGACCUCAAGUCCGUGCAGCUGCUCGGCAGCACGUACAAGGACAAGCCGGAUAUGGAGGAGUUGACGGACAAUGCCGAGGAGCCGGACGAGGCCGAAAGUAAGCAGAGCGAAGUUAAGCUCGGCAAACUGCAAUACAAGCUCGAAUACGACUUCAACUCGAACAGUCUCGCCGUAACGGUGAUACAGGCGGAAGAAUUGCCAGCAUUGGACAUGGGCGGCACGUCGGAUCCCUAUGUGAAAGUGUAUCUGCUGCCGGACAAGAAGAAGAAGUUCGAAACGAAGGUUCACAGGAAGACGUUGAGCCCGGUCUUCAACGAAACGUUCACGUUUAAGAGCGUCCCUUACGCCGAUGCCAUGAACAAAACUCUGGUCUUCGCCAUCUUCGACUUCGACAGAUUCUCGAAACACGAUCAGAUCGGUGAGGUUAAAGUGCCGCUCUGCCAGGUCGAUCUGGCGCAGACGAUCGAGGAAUGGCGGGAAUUGCAGAGCGUCGAAGGGGAGGGUGGACAGGACAACAAGCUGGGUGACAUUUGUUUCUCGCUGAGAUACGUGCCGACGGCCGGCAAGCUCACGGUGGUCAUUCUGGAAGCCAAGAACUUGAAGAAGAUGGACGUCGGUGGUCUCUCGGACCCUUACGUCAAGAUCGCCUUGAUGCAAAACGGCAAGAGGCUGAAAAAGAAGAAGACGUCGAUCAAGAAGUGCACUCUCAAUCCGUACUACAACGAAUCAUUCACCUUCGAGGUACCCUUCGAGCAGAUACAGAAAGUGCAACUCGUCGUCACUGUAGUAGACUACGAUCGUAUCGGCACAUCAGAACCGAUUGGAAAGGUCGUGCUGGGACAGAACGCAAGCGGCACGGAACUUCGACAUUGGAGCGAUAUGUUGGCGUCUCCUAGGCGCCCGAUCGCCCAGUGGCACACGUUGAAGGAUCCCGAAGACGGGGAUAAGAAAGACUAAGAAUAUUAACGGGUUAAGGUAUGUUCGGUGUCAGAGGGAUUCACGUGUGCGAGUCGAAGUAUGCAGCAUGUCUCGGAACAUCCGAUCUUACUCUUAACAAACGGAUUCCUCGCCCAAUCCGAAGGUCGGUCGGAUGUUCGCACAGAUGUUGAACCAGUCGAAAGCGCCGAUAUGUUUCGAAAUUCAGAGACGAGACUUUCGGCGGAUCGUUAAAUUUAAGAUCAGUAAUUCUGAGAUAUUCUGCUGAAGUGACGUUAAGCAGUUCCCGUCUUGGUUCGCUCUUUUAGUCGACGAUACGGAAAAAAGGUUUGCGAUAUUGAGGGUUAUCCUGUAAGCAGUUCUCUCUUUUCAGGAUAAUCGAUCGGGAGAAAAGGGGUUGGAGGAGAGAGUGAGGGGAGGGGAGGAGAGAU